GAUAUGGUUAGCCAAUGCCCUACAUCCCAUAACCACCCUGAAAUAAAUCAUGAUAAUACUCCCACAAAAGGUGAGUCAUCCACAACCUCUUUGCCACAAGAUAUUAUCGAUGAUGAUUCAGCCGAGACCCUUGAUUUUGUAGAAAUGAAACAUAAAGAACAUGUUAGUGAAGAGAUAAUGGAGAGAAUUAGGGAAAAGAAACUUCGGGAACAAAACUUAUCUUCGGAUAAUAAUUCACCAGAACCAUCCAAUUUAUCAUACAAAGAUCAAAAUUUGAAAUCGUCAACAAUAUCGCAAUCUAUCUCUAGCCACUCUGUGACUACCUCUGGUGAUAGCUCUGAUUUAUUAGAACAACUUCCUAUAAAGCAAAAAAAUAAAAUGCUUGAAAUAGAUAUAAAACCUUUAAUACAAGAACUAAAUAUAAAAACUUUAAAGGAGGAUACCAUUAAAAUUGUUAAUGUAGAUGCCUCAGAAAAGCGAUUCUCUAUAUCUAGCCACUAUGUGACUGCCUUCGGCAAAAAUUUUACAGAUAACCAAUCACCUACAAUCAAAUUA